CUCAGGAAGUUUGGGGGAGGGGCGCUCCGCUCGCUCCAGUUCGCGGGAGGGUGAGGGAGGACGACGGCAGCGGCAGGUCUCGGAGCUGUGUCGCGUCCCGCCCUCGGGCGGGCUCGGGUGCUCCCGGCGGCGGGGUCUGCGGGGCGCGGGCAGAGCGCGCCGGGCGGCAUGGAGGGACUGGUCCUGCUCAACGCCCUGGCCACCCGGCUGCUCUUCGUGCUGCACUCGCUGGUUGGAGUCUGGCGAGUGACCGAGGUGAAGAAGGAGCCGUGGUACUGGCUGCUGGCGCUGCUCAACCUCUUGCUUUUUCUGGAGACGGCGCUGACCCUCAAAUUCAAGCGCGGCAGAGGCUACAAGUGGUUUUCACCAGCCAUAUUUUUAUAUCUCAUUAGCAUUGUUCCAUCAUUAUGGCUUCUUGAAAUGCACCAUGAGACCCAGUAUUGCAGUAGCCAAUCUGAAGGAAUGUCAAAGAACACCAGCACCAAAGAAGACUUCAAUCAAACUCUGUUGUCAACUGAACAAACCAACAGAGCGGAUGAUCUCAUUGAGACGGCCAAAGUUUUUGUAAAUAACUUAUCUACAGUAUGCGAGAAAGUUUGGACUUUGGGACUCCAUCAGACAUUCCUGCUAAUGCUAAUAAUUGGAAGAUGGCUUCUACCCAUUGGAGGCGGGAUUACUCGGGAUCAACUCUCUCAACUUCUCCUUAUGUUUGUGGGGACAGCUGCUGACAUACUGGAAUUCACAAGUGAGACCCUGGAAGAAGAAAAUGUGAGGAAUAGCCCUGCUCUGGUCUAUGCCAUCCUUGUUAUAUGGACCUGGAGUAUGCUGCAGUUCCCACUUGACCUGGCAGUACAGCAUGUUGUGUGCCCUGUGUCUAUGGCAACAAGGGGGUUCCCCAGUCGGUUCUUUUGCCAAUACAGUGCCGACCUGUGGAACAUUGGAAUCAGCGUCUUCAUACAAGACGGUCCCUUCCUUGUUGUGCGACUCAUCCUGAUGACCUAUUUCAAAGUGAUCAACCAGAUGCUGGUGUUCUUUGCUGCCAAGAAUUUCCUGGUGGUGGUGUUACAGCUCUACCGCCUGGUGGUGUUGGCCUUGGUUGUCCAUGCUUCCUUGCGGAGUCAGCAAGAACGCCUGAAAGGAGAGCACAGACGCCCAGGUGUACCAGCUGAGAGUGGGGUCUCACCUGGGGCCUGGGCAGGUGGUUCGAAGGAGGGCUUGGCUAUUCCUUUACAGGCCUUGCCGGUCACCUCUGACGACUCUCCCCUGACCCCGUAGUUAGUCACCGAGAGCAGCAUGCCGCCAGAAGGCUUGACUUUCCGGUUCCUAUAGACAGAAUCUUCUCUCUCUCUCUUUCUCUUUUUUUUUAACCUUGGCAUAUAAUAAUUUUCAAAAGAACAACAUAAAAAGUGAUCUUAAACCAAAGCCGAGGAACUUCUUUUUCAACGGAAUGAAAAGAACUUUGAUUAGUGGCUGUCGCUACCACGUCUGUGUGAUGGCAUCAGAUGCUACAGUUGUUCAACCGCUAAGUGAUUUGUUUGUCUUGAACUGUUUGAAAAGCUGCGGACAGGGUUACAGUGACACAUGCCCUCAAGACAUUUAAUGCAGACAAACUGUCCUGGCUGUUACCUGAGAAUAGAGAAGCUUUGAACUUUGGCUCUAUUGUCAGCCUAUCUCAUCUGAUCUUUCCUGCAAUGUCCCCCUGACAUCAAAAAAUGUACAUUCAGUGAAUGCAGAAUAAAUGAAGGGAAAAGUGCCUUUAAAAUUACCUCACUGUGGGCUGGAAGCAGUGAAAAUCUCUGCCCAGCUGCCAUAGCAUCAG